UGGUAGAUCUUACCUAUUAGUGUGGCGUAGUUGUUGACUUCAUAAUUCAAGUGUACAUACGUUCAAUUAGUUGCGAUCCCUACCAAAGAAACUCUCAAAUGGAUAUCAUCAACUCCAUCACCUCAGCUUCGGCUUCCACGGUCAAAGUCCUUCCUCAGCCACGACCUCAAGUUUUUAUCAAUUUCCGGGGACUGGAUCUUCGGGAUGGCUUCAUCAGCCAUUUGGAGAGGACUUUUACAGAACAUCAUAUCAACUACUAUAUCGACAGGGAGGAGCUCCGGAGCGAACCUAUUGGAAUCCUUUUAAAAAGGAUCAAGGAGUCGCAAAUCGCUCUGGCGAUCUUCUCUGAAGGGUACGCAGAUUCAGAGUGGUGCUUGGAUGAACUGGUGGAGAUAAUGAAGAACGUCAAAACAGGAAACCUUAGAGUUAUUCCCGUCUUCUUCAAGGGAGAGUUUGGUGUCAAGCUAUAUGCAGAAGGUCGUCGUAAGAGACCCAACAUUUCACAGUGGGAAGAGGCUUUAGAGUCUGUUCCCACAAUUAUGGGUUUGUUCACAGGACAAGUUUCUCCUCGAUAUUGUCAAGGAAGUCCAGAAAGUGGAAGCUAAUAUUUCAUCAGAAAUCGGAGGAGUAAGUACCAACUUGCAAUCUUCGAAUAUAUCAACGUUGACUUCUAGUGGAGAUAGUUCCUCUACAACUGUCGAAGAAACUAGUGCAUUGCCUUCCCCCUACGGAGUUGAGCAUCAGCUAAAGCAAUUGGAAGAAAGAUUGGAUAUUAAAUCUACAACUGAAACCCGAAUUGUUGGAAUCGUUGGUAUGGCUGGAACUGGUAAAACCACUCUUGCGGAGUUGCAUUUCAAUGCCUGGAAGAACAAUUUCUUGUUUAGCAAGAUUUUCAAGAACAUACGUGAGAUGUCACAGAAGUCAGAGCAGAAGGAAGAUUGGCUGAUGCACAAACUUCUGAAGGGUCCAGAAGAUGUGGGGGCUGAAAUGUUCACUAAGAAAAUAUUCGUUGUUCUGGAUGAUGUGAGCGACAAGAGCCAAGUAGAAUUUUUACACAGGAACAUCAAUCGGAUUAAAAAGGGCAGCAAGAUUGUCAUUACAGCACGUGACAACUCAUCGAUUGCAGAACUGGCUCACAAUACUUAUGUGGUCCCUGGAUUGAACGAUAAAGAAUCCUUGGAGCUUUUUAAUCAUCAUGCAUUUAAGGAUCAAGUCUCUGGUACCGCAGGGAACUUCAUGAAGCUAUCCAGAGAUUUUGUGGAUUAUGCUGGGGGCAAUCCACGAGCCCUUGAAGAGUUGGGAAAGGAGCUUUGUGGGGAAAACGAGAAACACUGGGAAGAUAGACUACUAACGGUUCAACAUUGUUGCUAUCCAGUGAUCCUAGCUGGUUUAAAAAUAUGCUAUGACAAACUUAGUGAUCAAGAGAAGGAUGUGUUUCUAGACAUCGCUUGUUUCUUCAGAUCAGAGGAGGAGGAUUAUGUGAAAUGUUUACUAGAUCCAUAUGAUCCUGAGUCUCGUGAAGCUGUUAGAGAUCUCGUUGAAAAGCUGUUGAUAUCUGUCUCUGCCGGCCGAGUAGAGAUGCAUAAUCUACUGUGUACAUUGGGCAAGCAACUUGGUUCAUCUGAUGAAAAUAAGUCAGGAGCAAGAAUGUGGGAUCAUGAAAAAAUUAUUAACACCCUACGCUCAAAAAAGGUUAUCCCCAAUCAGCAAAUAAAAGAGGUGAGAGGUAUAUUCCUAGACACAUCCACACAUGACAAGGGUAUACCCAUAGACCCGAGAACCUUCAUCGAAAAGUUCAACAAGCUGACUCUGCGAUACCUCAAAAUUUAUGACUCUCUCUGUCCCCAGCAAUGUAAAUUUGACGGUAAGGUACAUUUGCCCGAUGGACUAGAGUUCCCAUUGCAAGAGAUCCGUUAUCUCCACUGGCUGAAAUUCCCUUUGGAUGAACUUCCACCAGACUUUAACCCAGAGAAUCUUGUUGAUUUAAGGCUGCCGUACAGUAAGAUAGUACGUGUUUGGGAAGCUAUUAAGGAAGUGCCACGGUUGAAGUGGGUGAAUCUAAGUUAUUCGACUAAGUUGAUUGACUUGUUAGCAUUGUCGAAUGCGUUUUAUCUUCAAAGAUUAAAUCUUGAAGGCUGCAUCAUUCUGGAUAAGUUGCCAGAAGAGAUGAAAAAUAUGAAGAGCCUUGUUUUCUUAAACCUCAGAGGAUGUGUAAUGCUAUCUUCUCUACCAAAAAACCUGGAUUUGAUAUCUCUGAAGACUCUCAUCCUCAGUGACUGCUCCAAAUUUAAAAGAUUUGAGCUGAUAUCUAAAAAUCUUGAAUUUCUACAUUUAGAUGGCACUGCAAUCGAGAGUCUUCCUCCGACCAUCAAGAACUUCCAGAAACUUGAGUUAUUGAAUUUGAAAAACUGCAAAAUGCUGGAUUCUCUUCCGGAUUGUCUCGACAAGCUGAAGGCUCUUGAAGAACUGAUACUCUCCGGUUGCUCAGGGCUUAGGGGUUUUCCUGAAAUCACAGAGGGCAUGGAAAAUCUGCAGAUUUUACUUCUUGAUGGGACCGCAAUAACGGAGGUGCCAAAUAUGUUAUUACACUGUGGUAAGUUCAGUGACCAAGUUGGUUUCCAACGGCCACCCCGGAUGAAUAUUGGUCUAUCCAUGUUGCGGCGUCUAUUCUAAAGCAGAAAUGAUAUGAUAUGCAGCCUGCAGUCUUGCAUUAGUGAACUCUUUCAUUUGAAAUGGAUCGAUUUGAGAUAUUGCACGAAUCUAACAUCGCUUUUGAUGCUGCCACCGAAUCUUGAGUACUUAAAUGCACAUGCUUCCACAGUGGCGGACCCAGGAAUUUUUUUAACCCAGGUCAAAACAUAAAG